CUUAUUGACAAUUUCAUUCGGUUCGAGACGACAGGUUUUGCACGCAAUAUAUUCAUAAUCUAUUCGUCGGUUCGUUCGCAAGUGCUUUACGUGUUUACUGGGAGAAGAUUUCUUUAAAAAAAUAUCCUUUUAUUAUAGUUUUGCUCCUAUUGUGGACAAUAAUUCAUCGCUAUGGUGAAACCGACUGUUUUUGCUAUUGACCCAUCGCAAGAGAAAGCCAAGCAGAAAGCGAUAGAAGCUGGCCAAGUGGAGGUCCCUAUCCAAACGGACAAACUUCAGAAUGAAUUUGCCGUUCAGACGCAAGCGGGCGCUAGACGAGGCUGUUGCGGAUCGUUGCAGCGAUGGCAGAAGAUCUUUAUCGGUGUAGUGGCAACAAUGCUAGUAGUUGGGUGCAUCGGUUUCUUCACUCAUCGAAUGCUUGUACGUAGCGGAUGGUGUGGAACUGAUGAUUCGCUUGAGAGAGGUCAUCACCGAUGGGAUGAGAUGAAAGGAGACCAUGAUGAGAGAUUUGGAGAACAUAAUGGAAUGCCAAUGGAUGGUGAUGACAGAGAUGGCCCGCAUGGGGGCGGCAGUGAGGACCAGGACGGCCACGAUCGACCAGGAAGCUCUAGCGAAGAGGAGGGCGAUCAUGAUCACCACAAACGACCUCAUCAUGGAUCCCACGAUGGACCCGACGAUGGUCCUCAUCAUGGACCCCACGGUGGACCCCACGGUGGACCCCACGAUGGACCGUACGAUGGCCCCCACGAUGGCCCCCAUCCCGGCCCGCACCACGGCACCCAGCGUCCAGAAGGUCCCUACGGCGGGGAAGACGUACCUGCUUGAGCAGGUUUAGACAUUUAAGGCACUAACUUGUUCAAAAUAUUUGGAAAUCACAUCAUUUGAUUAUUCACAUGAUUUUGUAUACUAGGUAUACUGAAGAAUAGAUUUUGAUCGUAAGACGUAGAGCGCCCUCAGCGAUAUAUUAGUGGAGAACACACAACACACACACACACGCAACUCAUUCAACGCUAAUAUACAUCCCACGUGUAACCCAAUACAACCAAAUGAGUAUGUUUGUUUUGGUUUUUAUUCAGAUUACACUAUGUACAUAGUAAAAGGUUUUUAAUCGUGGAUUUAUACCUUUUGAACUACACGUAUUUGGAUAGUGAGAUCAUUUUGUCUAUUUUCAGUUAUCUUUUUGAAUUUGUAAUGAUAAGUCAUUUCUUGGAUUUCACUUUACCCCGAAUUCUGCGUCAUUAAAUCAUGAUUUUCUUGAGGUCAAAUAAAUCCUUAUUCGUCAAGUGAAAGAGGACACUGUUUUCACUUCAGGCAAUGGGUCGGAAUAUAUUUCUGGUAGACAUCAAAUCAACAUUCAAGGGGUUAAUGUACUUAUAUUGAGUGCCUAGCCUGGUGGCAGUACUUGAUCCGUUUUGUGCCUUCCUUUUUUCAAAUGUGAAAUUGAGAAGCCUUAAUAUUAAAACAAUCAGUCGGCAAAAUAUAAGUCAACGAGCAUGCAGUUACACGCCUGAAAUUCAUUUACUAGCAUUAUGCUAGCAUUAAACAUCACUCAUGAGGUCAAAGUUGAUGGCAUAUUCUUGUCAAGAUAUAAAAUCUGAUCUCCAAAGAAAUGAGGACUAAUUUUUAUUUUCAAAAUCUUUGGAUAUUACAUCAUUUGAUAUAAACGUGAUAUUGUUUACUAGGUAUUCUGUGUGUUGGAACUUGCAAUCAUAUAACGCGGUAAUCGGCUGUUGCUAUAGACAUUAAUUAAAGUAAUGUAGUUUAUUUGGGCCCUGGAGGCUAAUUUUUGAUUGAAUAGUUAGGAUGUUAAAAUGUUGAUCGUCUGCACAUGUUUUGCAAAUGUUUUAAUUUUCUUUUAGCUCUAAAGUUUCCCAUGUUUUAACAAAUUGAUGUUUUAUGAGUCAUAUACCCCUUUUCAAAUGCUGUACAUAAGAAUGAUCUUUAUUUCAACCUUUAUUUUUCAACAGAUCAUGAGAUUUUUAUGAAUAAAAUAGGUUUUGUAAAAUAUAUACGAAUCCAAUAGGAAAAUAGCUUGCUAUGUAUAGAAAGAAAAAUAGUGUAUAUUUGUUUCGAAUUCUCACAAGAAAACGAAAAUUCAGCUUAUCUGUCAUAAAACUGUGUUUGGGCAAAUAGAUUAUCGUUCUUUUAGUUUAAAUGUUUCAUUUUCUACACCUUAUGUAUAUUUAGUAAUUCUUGUUCUUCUUCUUGCUCUUAUUUUUUUAACCUACUCUGCCUUUCUCUUUUUUUAAAUAUAUAUACAUAUACAUACAUAUGUAUGUAAAACUUUCCCCCUCCCCCUCGCUCUCCUCUCUCUCUCUCUCUCUCUCUCUCUCUCUCUCUCUCUCUUUCGUCCUAUCCCUUCUCAUGCUUAGAGGGUUUUCUUGAUUGAUUGAUACCCAUUGUGUCGUCAUCAAUGUAAAUAUACCCUUUCUUUACUUUCAUUGGCUGAAUUAAUGCUAAUUGGAUUAAUUUGGGUGUUUCCGAUAAAAGCAUCUUGCACCAUACACGUU